UUCGUUCGUUGAUUUGUGGAUCGCAGGAAAAUCUCUGGUUGUCUUAAGUUGGGUGGUAGUUGACAUGAGCUCUUAGAGUGUGUUUAGCAAGAAAGUUCUGCAAUCAAUCAAUUUCUCCCGAUAAAGCAAUAAUAAUACAAUCAGUAGCGUCAAAAAGUGAUAAGCAAGUCCUCUGACACCCAACUAAUCCACCGAAUCUUGCAGAGUGCUGUGUUUUCCUGCUGAAAUCGUUUUUCAGCUUCUUCGUCGAGGCGUGGCUUUUUGUCACUGCGAAUCCCAGACAAUCGGUAAAGAGCGCUCAGCUUCUGAAUCACCCUCCGGAGAACGUCAAGAGGACAACAAUGGUGAGCUAUACACUGGCACCCUUCCAGGAGCCCCGCGGAGUGAUGAGAAUUCUCCAGUUUAUCUUCGCCAUCUGCUCCUUCGCCACCACGGUGAACUUCACCAACACCCUGACCAUGACCAACUGCGACAAUGGCACCACCACGCGCAGCUGGCCACUUGAGUAUCCCUUCCGGUUCGGGGCGGAAGUGUGUAAGAAGAGCAACGGCGAACCUCUCUUCAUCUCCGCCAAUGUGACUUCGGAUGCGCAAUUCUACGUGGCCACAGGAGUUCUCUCGCUGCUGUAUUGUGUCUUUAUAAUCGCCGUCUAUGCCAUGAUUGAUGAGCUGUACAAGAGCAAGACGGAGAUUCCACUCGCCGACUUCAUGCUCACCACCGUCUUGGCCGUCUUCUGGCUGUCCGGCAGCGCUGCCUGGGCCAAUGGCGCCACUGCCCUCAAAGGUGUCACCGAUCCCACCGAGCUCAAGCGCAGUUGCGGCAAUUUACCAGGCUGUACGGUGACCGUGGACAGCUUCUCGCGCCUCAACAUUUCACUCAUUUUCGGCUUUCUCAACUUCUUCCUCUGGGCCUCGGAUCUCUGGUUCCUGUACAAGGAGACCAUCUGGUUCCAGUCACGACAGCCCGCUUCAUCGCCCGGUGUGUAAGAAGUGAGAGAAGCUGUCUGCGCGCGUGUGCUAUUCAAUCAUCAUAUCUCGGCGGAAAGUGGCCGAUCGAAGCUGAAGAUGCCAUAGGCGGAUUCUUUUGUUGCGUAUCUUGUAUGAUUUUUCCUGAUAUUACUUUCUUUGGUCUCCAUUCGAUUACUUUGCCUGUCAUGAAUGCACAAAUCAACUAGUCAGAGUCAGCUUUCGGGCUGGACUAUCAAACUUAAUUGAUUUAGCGAUGCGAUUUUGUAUAUUAAGCAGUGCGAAUGCAGUCACGACCUGUUGAAUGAUCAAGAGAGUGGAUAAAUUGAAUUUCUUAUGAGACGAGACGCUCGCGGAGUUGGAAAGAUCAAUUUGAUUGUGUCAUGAGAGUCAUUAGCGUCUUCUGAAGCAAUACAACAGAUUUGAAGGUUGACAAUUUGCUUUCUUGGUCAUUUGAUAGGAAUUUUUAUUCGGGUCCACGAAACAUGAUGAUUUUAUUUUGCCUUUUACAUCAAUCUUAAGAAUCACUUUGAGUUCAAUUUAGUUUUUUUUUAUAUACACAAUAACUUAGUGUUUUUCUUCAGUACUUUGUGAGAGGAGAUUUUCUUUUUUGAAGAGAUGAUAAACCAACUGAAUUGUUUUUAUAGUUGAUUACAAAGAAGUAUGAUUAAUCCGAGUGAGGAAAAUACAAUAAUAAAGCCAUUUGUAUUUGGAAUGGCGGAGUUUUAUCUCAAGAUUUAUACACAAUCACACAAUUUAGAAGUUUUUUCUAGUUGUAAAGAUUCUAUGAUAGAUUUUAAAUGCAUUAUUGUAAGUAUUUCUUUUAAAUUCUUUUCUUUCAACAUAUAAUACUUGAUAAGUUUCUAACUCUAACGCUAAAACUUAACACAAUAACAUAUUUUUCUACCAAUUUGGAAAGGGAUGUUGAAGGUUGGUUUAUUUUGGAAUGAGAAGGUGAAGAAGGAGGAGGAAAAAUGAAAAACUAUUUACACAUUGAUAUACAAUCUUGAGAAUGACACAAAGACAUUUUUCUACCAAUAUAUGUAUUUCUUGUAAUACUUUUUUAUUGACAUUGAUGAUGGGAAGAAGUGUUAAUUGAGGGAUCAGAAGAGGGUAAAAAUGAAGCGGAUGAAUAAUUGCAUAACACGGUAUUGUCUCUACCUCUUGCAUAUCUUUUUGGAUAAACAGCAUUUCCCACACGAUUUUCAACUAUUGUUUGUUUUUCCCUCCAGUUUUCUGUGUUUUCUUCUUAACCAGUUUUUCCAGAGAAACGACGACAAAUUGUUAGAGGAAAUAGUAAAAAAAGAAAAUGACGAGAUAUAUACAUAUUUUAUCGAGAAAGACUUUAAAAAAGAUCAAUAUAAAUAGAGUAGUAUAAUUAGAAAUGGGAAACAUACUAUCAUAAAAGGAUAAUCUCUUGUUAUUGGUUUUUUGGUGCCAAAAUUAGACUGUAUAUGAACUAUGGAGACAAGAAUAAUACAAUAGCUGACGACAAUUCUUUGUGUGUGCAGUGAAAUUGCUCCAAAAUAGAGUCUAAUGACGAUUAUUAAUAUUGCUAAUAAUGAAGUAAAGUUAAAAUAAAAAAAAUGUAUUAUCAAUGAGACAAAGAAGAGGGAAAUAAAACGUAAAUAUAAUAUCAAAAAAGGCAUUGGAGAAUUGUUUAGCUAGAUUAAAUACAGCAUUUUGGCAGGAAAUAAGAGCCAAAAGCUUCACACUGCAGAUAAAAGAUGCGUAAAUGUGCGGAAAAUCAUAGAACAAAGUAUAGCUUCAUGUUGUGCUUCAUGUUAUUUGUGAGCGAAAAUGAUAGAGAGAUGUAAAAUGUAAAUGUUAGCGACAGAGCGGAAAAUGAAGAAUGAUUUAUCCAAUUCCACAGAGCGGGAAAAUUGUAUCAAUUCUGAUUAUUUUUUUUAUUCAUAAAAGACUAAUUUAUAAAUGGCUUUGGAGGUGUGAUAGAGAUUUUUUCUGUUACGCAUUUCUGGGGGGCAUUUUGAGUGUGUUUUUUACGACGAGACAACUCGCAAAAGGGAGAUAAAUUGUAGGAGAAAUGGUCGUAAAAGAGUUAUACUGACCUUUGGGCUCUUUUCUCCGUGAUUUCCACUGUUUUAUCAUGCUGAAAUUUGCGUGGAAAAUGUAAUGAAACUGUUUUUAUCACACCUCAAGUCAUUUCUUUUGAUUAUAUAAUGUAGAUUAGAAGUACAUUUGCUCCAAAUUAGAUUGGUAGACAGAGAGGAAAUUAUUCCUCUAAAUUAUUUUCCUUAUACUUUUUGCCGUAAUAAUUUUAUUGACAAAAUGAAUAAAAGAAAAAUGAAUGUAUUUUUGACUCAAUGGCCAUCAUUGAGCCAUUGUUAUCUAAUUAAUAGUGUUGUAGAGUGGAGAAGAAUCAUUCACCAAUUUAGAUAUUUAAACUUACGUGUCAUGUACAUAAGGUGAAUAAUAAUUAGACUUAUUUAUUAGCUAAGACGUACAAAAGAUAAUGAUGAAUAAUAACAAUAAAGAUGAGACGCGUUAAUGAGUGUUCAAAA